GUUGUUGUUAAAUCAUCAUCUUCUCUUUUACGAGCAUAACUGAUCUCCUCGCUUACGAGUUUUCAUUUUGAAAUUUAUUUCUUAGCUUUGUAUGAUCAUCUUCUUCCAACACUUCUGACAUGGAGGCAACUGGUAUUUGGGGAGAAAUUGAACGUUCUGAGAGUUACCUCGUCUGCUCUAUGUACGAAGACGCCGAGUCAUUAUCUUCCUCCAUACUGAAAAGAAUGUUUGGCAACAUUGAUGUUUUAUCUGAGGAAGCUCUUGGUGAUCAUCAGUUUAAUGACAUGUUGGAAUCUCUUGGCAUGGUUUUAGUCCAAUCCUUGCAUGGACUCGGCAGAGCAGCUGAGAUUGUAAAGGAAUUAAGACAAGUGUUUGGCGAAAUUGUGGCUAUUCCUGUUCAAGUUCUUCUCACUGGAAUUUGCCUUCAAAUAUCAAACGGUUCCUACUCGGGUGUACGUGAGAUUCUGGAAGAGUUCUUUAGCAUAUGGGUUUACAAGGACACCCACUACAUUCUUAAUGAUGCUGGAUUAAGUGCAAAGGGAUUCCAUGGGAAAACGCAUUUGGAUAUUGAUGAGUACAUGGAAGUUGUGGAGCUGUAUACCUUUGGAAUUCUUGGAAAUGUUUCAGACGACAUGGGCCUAGCUAUUUCAUGGGUUGAGAAGGCUGCACUACCCGAGGAAAGACGACAGGGGCUUUUGAGAAGAUUGGAUUCUUUACUUUCUCUCAAAACAGCAAAUGUUCCAGAGUCGAAUUCUUUUGAGGAAGAUUCCAAGGAUUCUUCUUAUUCUGUAGUGAACAACUGGUCUUUGGCUAAUGAAAAGAAGGAUGACAUUGAAUCCGUCCUGAAACUCUCUAAACAACAUGAACGAUCGUCGCUUUGGUCAUCCCACUCUUUAAGCCUCAAGCUUGGUAAUACCCAGUAUAGCCUAUCCAAGCGAAAGGUUGCCAUAAGCCUUGCUGGAGUAAUCAUCUUUUAUGCUUUGAAGAGAAAACGGGCUGCUUUCAUACGGAUCAUUCGCAGACAAAUGGAGUCCACGAAAAAAGCAUUUGUGGAUUUUUGGAAGCUUGCAUUUUCAUACCAAGUGAACCCUCUCGCAGCUAUUCAAUCCAUACCAAGCACCGCAACAUGAGGCAAUAGGUGCACAAUUCCACAGUCUAGAAUUUGGAUCAAAUACCUGAUUUUGCAUUGAAAAUUUAGCUGCAUCCCUUUUUAGUUUCUAGCUCGGGCUUUAUCACACCAUAUACUUGGUUACUCAAAAGUGUGUUGUAUAAUCAGAUCCAUUCUCAGUUUUGUGUGAAAAUGUUAAAGCAACAGUAGCCUAUGUGUUGGCGCUCAUUUGAAUAAAACUGAAGAUUAUACUAAUGGAAUAGUCUCGAAUAU